GUAGCGUUGCCUGGUGUGUGCCGAGUUGACACAUUUCCGGAGCAGCGCGCAGGUCACGGCGGCAUCUCUUCCCAAAAGUCACUUUGCUUCAACUUGGAUGAGUUUCUCGUAAGCGGCGACAUCGAGGUGGUGAGAGGCGAGAGGAGAGGACAGCCGGCACCGCUGACGGGAUCUCCAGUGGGGUAGAUGGAGGGAGCUGCAUAAGCUGCAGGAAGCCUGAGUUCCAAGCCGCGCUUUUGGUUGAUUUGUGGAGUUAUUGCCCAACUUUCCUGACCCCCCCCCCCCCAGGAUCCUCCCCCCCACCUCUUCACAUCCGGGCUGAAGCAGUUAAAUCUGAACAGAAUUAAGAAGAAAGAGCUUCCACAAUCACAGCAGAUGAAGAUCCACUGGUAAAUCGAUUAGGAUUUUUGGUCUGCCCUCCAAAGUAAAGGAGCGGAAAGAAUGUCGGAGCGGGCCGUGGAUGACGUCAGGGGGGAGCCGCGCCGAGCGGCGGCGGCAGCGGGCGGAGCAGCGGCGGCGGCCGCCCGGCAGCAGCAGCAGCAGCAGCAGCAGCCGCCGCCUUCGCAGCCCCAGCGGCAGCCGCCGCCGCCGCCGCCGCCGCCGCCGCGGCGCCUCCGGCCGGAGGACGGCGGCCCCGGCGCCGCCUCCACCUCGGCCGCCGCCGCAAUGGCGACCGUCGGGGAGCGCAGGCCCCUGCCCAGCCCAGAAGCGAUGCUGGGACAGUCGUGGAAUCUGUGGGUCGAGGCUUCCAAACUUCCCGGGAAGGACGGGACGGAAUUGGACGAAAGUUUCAAGGAGUUUGGGAAAAACCGCGAAGUCAUGGGGCUCUGUCGCGAAGACAUGCCAAUAUUUGGUCUGUGUCCAGCCCACGAUGAUUUCUACUUGGUGGUGUGUAACGACUGUAAUCAGGUUGUCAAACCGCAGGCAUUUCAAUCACAUUAUGAAAGAAGACAUAGCUCAUCCAGCAAGCCUUCUUUGGCCGUUCCUCCCACUUCAGUAUUUUCCUUCUUCCCUUCUCUGUCCAAAAGCAAAGGAGGCAGCGGAAGUGGAAGCAGCCGUUCUUCCAGUGGAGGUGUUCUAAGCGCAUCCUCAUUAAGUUCCAAGUUGCUGAAAUCACCCAAAGAGAAAUUGCAGCUCAGGGGGAACAGCAGGCCAAUGCAUCCCAUUCAGCAGAGUCGAGUCCCCCAUGGUAGAAUCAUGACGCCCUCUGUCAAAGUGGAAAAGAUUCAUCCGAAGAUGGAUGGCACACUACUGAAAUCUGCGGUGGGGCCUACCUGUCCUGCUACUGUGAGUUCCUCAGUCAAGCCUGGCCUUAACUGCUCCUCAAUACCAAAGCCAACCUUGCCUUCACCUGGACAGAUUCUGAAUGGCAAAGGGCUUCCUGCACCAUCCACUCUGGAAAAGAAGUCUGAAGAUAAUUCCAACAACAGGAAAUUUUUAAAUAAGAGAUUAUCAGAAAGAGAGUUUGAUCCUGACAUACACUGUGGGGUCAUCGAUCUCGACACCAAGAAGCCCUGCACCCGCUCUUUGACAUGCAAGACACAUUCCUUAACUCAGCGGAGGGCUGUCCAGGGUAGAAGAAAACGAUUUGAUGUGUUAUUAGCCGAGCACAAAAACAAAACCAGGGAAAAGGAAUCGAUUCGCCAUCCGGACUCUCAGCAACCAACGCAGCCUCUCAGGGACCCGCAGCCCGCCCCUCCUAGACCUUCACAGGAGCCACACCAAAACUCUCACGGAGUGAUUCCUUCUGAAUCAAAGCCUUUCGUAGCUAGUAAACCUAAACCUCACACCCCCAGUCUUCCAAGGCCUCCAGGCUGCCCUGCUCAGCAAGGUGGGAGUGCCCCCAUUGACCCUCCUCCAGUCCAUGAAUCUCCACACCCUCCCCUGCCUGCCACUGAGCCAGCUUCUCGGUUAUCCAGUGAGGAGGGAGAAGGCGAUGACAAAGAAGAGUCUGUUGAAAAACUGGACUGUCAUUAUUCAGGUCAUCAUCCUCAGCCAGCAUCUUUUUGCACAUUCGGGAGCCGGCAGAUUGGAAGAGGCUAUUACGUGUUUGACUCCAGGUGGAACCGGCUUCGCUGCGCCCUCAACCUCAUGGUGGAGAAGCAUCUGAACGCGCAGCUGUGGAAGAAAAUCCCACCCGUGCCCAGCACCACCCCACCUGUCUCCACACGUGUUCCUCACCGGACAAACUCUGUGCCGACAUCACAAUGUGGGGUCAGCUAUCUGGCAGCAGCCACUGUGUCUACAUCCCCAGUCCUGCUCUCGUCCACCUGCAUCUCCCCAAAUAGCAAAUCGGUACCAGCUCAUGGAACCACACUAAAUGCACAGCCCGCCACCUCUGGGGCAAUGGAUCCUGUGUGCAGUAUGCAAUCCAGACAAGUGUCCUCUUCAUCCUCGUCUCCCUCCACACCCUCUGGCCUUUCCUCAGUGCCCUCCUCCCCUAUGUCCAGGAAACCUCAGAAGUUGAAAUCCAGCAAGUCUUUAAGGCCCAAGGAGUCUUCUGGUAACAGCACUAACUGUCACAACGCCAGUAGCAGUACCAGCGGCGGCUCAGGAAAGAAACGCAAAAACAGCUCCCCAUUGUUAGUUCACUCUUCCUCCUCCUCCUCCUCGUCUUCUUCUCAUUCCAUGGAGUCUUUUAGGAAAAACUGUAUGGCACACUCUGUGCCUCCCUACCCCUCAACGGUAACAUCUUCCCAUGGCAUGGGCCUCAACUGUGUGGUAAAUAAGGCGAACUCUGUGAGCGUCCGGCACGACCAGUCAGGGAGGGGGCCCCCAGGUGGGAGCCCCGCUGAGUCCAUCAAGAGGAUGAGUGUGAUGGUGAACAGUGGCGACUCCACGCUCUCCCUCGGCCCAUUCAUCCACCAGUCCAGUGAGCUGUCCGUCAACUCCCACACCAAUUACUCACACUCUCACACUCCUCUAGACAGACUCAUAGGAAAGAAAAGGAAGUGCUCGCCUGGCUCAAGCAGCAUCAACAACAGCAGCAACAAACCCACAAAGGUUGCCAAAUUGCCAGCCAUGAACAACGUGCACAUGAAACACACAGGCGCCAGCCCAGGGGCGCAGGGACUGACGCACAGUCCCCUUCUCCAUCAGCGUAUCUCCUGUGCUUACUUGUGUGCCGGGAUUUCAGCAGCACCCUCCAGAGCCCAGAUUUACAGGCCAAAGGCACGUCCCUGACAGCUGAAAAUAGCGCGGGGAGGAAUAAUCUGGACACUUUUGACGACAAGUUACACCUCCACUCAGCACUAUGGACUCCACGAUGCCUUUGAGUCUGUUUUCCCAACCUCCUGUGGGCCUCGAGGGUAGAAAUCUGCCGGGCUGUUGUUGUAACGAGGAUUUCCCUGAAGCUAUGUCUGUAGCAGUGAGUACUUGUAAAGGACACUGGAUCAAGUUCAGCCACCGAAUUGCUUUUAUCAGUGUUAAAGUGGUCUGGACUGCUUGCUACCAAUCUGUGAGAAGUUGUUGCUUUGAUUUUUAACUUGUAGUAAAUUAUGGAGCCACUCUUUGAGUAGAUUGGCUGGGCGAAAGAAUGUCUUGGCAAGAGCAUUACUGUAGACUUUUCUCCCUCCUCCCCCUUCCCGUCCCAGUUCUUACCUUACACUGUCUUCUGUAGGUCACCCUCCAGCAAUUAGGUACCCCAUCUGGAGACACCUUCCAGAGGAGAGCAGAGCUGCACCAUGAGCAACCCUCCAGAGAAGCAAUGAGUUGUUAGGUUUUUAGAGCAAUAUUCUGGGAAUGGAAUAUGGACGGUAGCACGAGGCACCAUGACAAAAUAGCCUGUAUUUUUCCCCAGCCUUUUGCAAGUAAUUUGGGGCAAGACGGUGUCAAAAGUUUCUAACUUACAAACUGGUUUAAAGCCAUCGAUGCCCAGAGAGCAAGUAUACCACAUUUUAGAGGCUUACUUUUCAUGGUACAAAAGCAAUUCUGUGUGAUUUUUUUUUUUUAAGAAAAUGCAAAUGCAAACUAGUUUUGAUAACGGAAAGCCAAAUUUUAGUUGGGGGAAGGGAGGUGGAUAAAAUCAGUAUGGGGGAAAUGUUUUUCCACAAUUUCCAAAGAGAUGGAAUUUUUUAUCCUUUAAGUUUUCGUGUUACACAUUACACAGUAUGGCAGAUUGGCUUGGUUGCCCUGCCCAGUCUCCUCUAUUUUUAAAAAAAUGCCUUUGUAAAGUGAAGUUAUUAGGAUGCAGCAGAAACUGUCAUUCACUAAGUCAUUAAGAUACUUCAUGUUUCCAGGGCACUGUGUGCAUUACCCUCAGUUUCUGUGGCUACCGUCCUGGGACUCAGUGUACACUUCUGCUUUCAGCACUCCCCGUAUCGUGUGUGUGUGUGUGUGCACUCCUCUUCCUCUCCAUACGUUCAUUUGGAUGCCGCUGGGUGGGGAGUUUAGGCACCCAGGGAGGGGAGGAGGCAAACAUGAUGUGAUGCAGAUGUUUCCCCAACAAACCCUCCUUUCUGGGGAUUAAUACCAGCCAUUUUUCUGAGAGAGUUUUGGAGUCCCUCGAAGUUAUUUAUUUAUUAUUAUUAUUAUUAUUUGAAUACCCCAUCCCAAAAGAAAGAGCUUACUGUGUUAAAACAUCAUUGCUUGAGAAGGUAUCAUUGAAUUUGGGGGAUGAGCUGGGGCAUUUUAACUGGUGAUUCCAUGAUCAUAGCUCCUGAAAUAAGAACCCAGGCACUUUUACUUAGAAGAACACACAAAGUUGCUGAACAUCACAGGGUAAAUUUCCCCAGGCUCCGAUCAUUGCUCUGGGCAGGGCCUGGACCGAGCCAAUGAGUGCAUCCUUUUUUUCCCUACAAUUCUUGGGUUACAAACUUUAGUUUCAGGGAAUUUCAAGUCAACAAGUAGAAUGAAUAAAUACUUGGUUACCAGCCUAAUAAUGUGAAUUGCUACAGAAUUAUUCUUAUUAUGUAAGGCAACAAAAACUUUAUGCAGAUACUUUAGAUAUAAAUUGUUGUAAAAUAUUGAUUUUUUUUAAAGGAAGGGGAGAAGUGUAUCUUGUUCACUUAUUAUGCAAUCAGUAAAUAUUUUUUAAAAAUGAUACUAUAGGAGAGCUUAGUAAGGAGAACGCAUGGAUGGGCCAGUUUGGUGUAGUUAAGGAGAAAUCAGCGUGGUUGUUCCAUCCCAGUGGAGGGAGAGAAGGAAGUAAGAGGGAAUCAGAACGUACUUUGUUGAUUCCUUGGUGACAAGUGCAAUGGGGUUUGGGUAGAAUUUAUUUUCAGAGCCAAGGGGACUUGAUGGAUAUAAAGUUGCUUUUAGCGAUGGAAUUUAUAGACAGAUCAUGUUGUUCCGAAAGAUGUGAAUAGGAUCCACGAUAGCACGUUGAUUCAGAAUUAUGUAGAUAUUUAGAUAAGCGAGUGUUGAUCAUUUGAUUUCUUAGACUGAGGUUUUAAUUGAAUUUCACUAUGUCUCCCGGGAGAACACAGGUCAUCGGGACUAGGAAAUUAGCCAUUUUGGAUUCUGCUUGCCACAAACAGACCUAUUCUAAACAGUGCUAUUGAAUUUUAGACUGUUCAAAUAUUUUAUUUUCUCCUACAACUACUUUUUAUUAUAAUGAACAAUUAAGACCAUUUAAAACACGGGAGUACAAGUAUUUUUUUGAAUUAAAUUAACUUGCGAAAACCAAAUUUGCAGUGGUUGGGUUGUUUCUAGACAGACUUUGGUAUCAAUUUAAAACCAAGAUAAUUUUUAUAUUCUUUCCAAUAGAAUUUCAUGACAACUCCUGCAGUUUUCUUAACCUACAAAAAAAAAAAAAAAAAAGUGCUGCAUUGAUGAACAAAGAAUUCUACAAAACCUACUUUUGUAUCUUUAUUUUGGAAUUUCUUGUUCUAUUAUAAAUAUGGAAGUAUCCCUAUUUCAGAAGACAUAUUUUGUUAAAAAUGAAUUGUACAUAUUUAAAUAUGUAUUUUUGCACAGGUCUUUUUUUCUGAUAUCCUGUUUUGGUACAAUUGAGAUCAUCUAGUAUUUAUUUAUUAAUUAAUAAAAGUAAAUACCUUUUUAUAAUUUGAAGUGGUUCACUGCCAAGCCAAUAGUUCUAGAACCUGCCUCCUUUACAGUUUAAGGGAUGCCUCUGUUCUGUGAAAGUCUUUUUGUCCCUUUUCAUGUCUCGGGAGCGGAUUCAUGCCGAUUAAGUGGGCAUUGCUUCUCUAGUUGCCUGAUUCCCGAUAGACUACAUGUAACGAAGUGACACACUGCUUUUCUUUUGUUCGUGUUUUAUGUGUGAGUGUGAGUGCGCCCGCGUGCCUGUGCGUUUGGAUGUGUACACUCUGAGCACAUGUGUGUUCAUGUGUGAUGUGGUUUAAAACUAACGGGAAAAACUGAAAGUGCCUGAACCUAGUUUUAAGCUUCGACAGAUUCUUUAAAAAGACUUGAAUGUUCAGUUCAACUUUUGGAGUUUGCUUUUUCCACCUAAAUAUUGUUUCUAAAAUCUUAGUGGAGGAGUUGAAAACCACCAAUGCUGGUAAUUUUAUGAGGUGUUUUAAAAUUAAGGCCUUUUGGUUCACAGUAAUUGAACUGGUGACGGAUUGCCUGGUGGCACCAAGGGUUACAAAUCUUUUUUGUCAGCCAGCAACUUACACAAUAUGUCCGUUUUGUUAUUCCCUCAUGAAAUACAGAGUUUAAAUAGAAUAUUUAAAAGAUUUUAUAUUCCAAAAAUAUAAUACAAAGUACCUCUGAGAACAUUGAAAAAUGUAUAAUUUGAAAAAUGUAACUUAUUAAAGGCAGCUGUCUUCCUGCAAGAGUUCUGUUGCCAAGGAAUUUCUUACUAUCUCAUUCUGUCCGGGGCGGGGGGGUAGGGGACUUUGGAAAAUGAUUGUUAAAGUUUCGUUGUUUAGCAGAAAAAUAAUCAUUUUUACAUUUUGUGCAAAACAUUCUACAUUUUCAGAUCAUUUAAAUGAGCACUACAUACUGUCAGUGUGAAUGUAGGGCCUUGAAAAGCAUUUUGCUGUUUUGUUUUUGUUUUUGUUUUUUUGAGCUUGGUUAUAAAAGCAAUCUCCUGUGUUAAAAUGUGUGAAUAGUUUGAUAAUUUGUACACAUAAUCAAGAGCAUCUCAGCUGGACUUUGUGUUGGCUGCUGUAUAGAACAUGAACAAAUGUCAAGGGAUAGAAAAUUACUUUGGAUAUUUAAAAGAGAAGAAAUAUAUAGUCUAUUUGUUUUGUAACAAGUUUCUGUAAAUAAAAUAAUUUAUACUAUUUAUAAGAAAAGGUUGUGCUUUGCUUUAUGAGAAAUUAGUUUGUGGAACAAACAUGUUACUAAAUGGGCAAUAAAAUUAGGACUUCUCAAUAAA